UUGCAGGUUACUCUUCCUCAUCACUUGAGCUCAUCUCUGCAGCUUUACGAGAAGUUUUAUGAUUCGCGACACACUGGACGAAAACUCCAAUGGCAACCUCGCCUUGGUCAAUGUGUUUUGAAAGCCAACUUCCGAAGAGGGUGCCAAAAGGAGUUGAAAGUGUCUCUGUUUCAAGCGAUUGUAUUAUUGCUCUUCAACGAUCAACCAUCAUGGACUGCUGCGGAUAUUAUGAUGGCUACGAAAUUAGAUCAGAAGGAGUUCGUCCGCACAAUGGUUUCACUUUCCGUGGCUAAAAUACGCGUUCUCGUUAAAACUCCCAUGAACAAGGAGAUCAAGGAUGAUGAUGUAUUCACGGUGAACACAGACAUCAAGGAAAUGCGUUUCAGAAUUCGUAUUUCUGAAGUUCAAAUGAAGGAGACGGAAGAAGAAUACAAGGCCGUUGAAGAGGAGGUCAAUCAAGAUCGUCAGUAUCAAAUAGAUGCAGCAAUCGUUCGUGUGAUGAAGACACGCAAAAAGCUCAAUCAUCAGUUGCUGAUCUCAGAAUUAUUUGCACAGUUAAGGUAG